AGUUAUUUUUCCAUGUCGAGAUAUAAGUCAUCGGAUAUCGCGGUAUUUCCUUUUAGGAAAUACACGUCUGCGAAAGCAAAGAGCAAUGCUUCUUGAAAGAACUCGGCAGCGACACCCUGCGAAAUCAUGAGCGAUCCAAGAGUUCACAGAAUGCGAAGAAUUCUACGCUUUUCCCCGACGUUUACGCUAACUUUAUCUCACGGUGGUGGUGGGAUCGCGCUCGCUAUAGGGACGAGGCAGGAGCGGUUCGACGCGAGUAGACGGCAGGUACACAGCCUCGAAGAAACUGUUCUCAUUUCGUAGAACAACUUUCCUAAGCGUUUACCUCGACCGUAUCCAAACGGGUUUUCAUAGAUAUACGGGCGACAAUAAAUGUCGCACGCAUAUAUAAACAUGUAUUGAUAUGAAAUCCAUAUAUUGUGUUUUUACACUAGCGUUAUCGAAACAUGUGCCCCAUAUCACAUGUUAUUAAAAAAAUAUCUAGAAGUCUAUGAACCACGUAAAUGUGCAAUUCGAUAUAACACAAGAUUUGAAAGAGAUAUAAUUUUGGAGAAUUCAAUUCUCGAUACGCUGCGACUACAGAUUAAUUUAUUUUAUAUCGUUACGAAUAAAUAUGAUCAUUUGCAAGCAUCAUGGCAUCGAAAAAAUUUGGAAUAUAUCAUAGUCGUAGAUCUCGUUUCGAUCGCUGGAUAAUAACACUUUUGCAACAAAUUGUGAAAUGAUGGUCGGUAUCGCGGAGUUUCGUCGAGUCUCAGGAAUUUCUGCGAAAAGAUAGCGGAUGUUUUUUUCCGAAUUAAGAGAUCGCCACCGCUUCCCCAAGCUUGAUACCAGGCUGCCAGGUGCAGCAGGUCGCAUGCGUUGAGCACCGCUGCGGAUAAAACACAGGUAAUAUACCUGCCCGAGGCUACGAGUCGGUCCCCACCUGGGGUCCGGUUCUCUCUCCUUGCUCUCUCGGCCGGCUCUCGGCUGGCUUUUCUUCGAGGCGAGUCGGGCCGUUAGUAUCGUUGCCGUUGCGAGAGGAAUGAUGGUGUGAUGUGCAUCGCGGCGGAGCACGCAUCCUGAAGGACGUACUCGUUGUAUAUAUCGAGAUCCCGGAGUCCGUCCGGGUCGAUCGAUUCCCUCAUAAUCCCUUCCUUCGAGUCGCGGUGAAUUUCCCGCGGGAUCGGCGCGUAUCGCGUUCUCCAAAAUCUUCAACGCGCUCGCGGUCCAGCUCUCCUCUCUAUCCAAAAGCCGUGUGGUAUCGCUUUGCGUGGCAACUCUUCCUUCCCCGUGCGCGAAUGCUCACGUAAACGGUAGUAACCACGUAAGUCGCGCGGUGAGUGUGAGGUGAAGGUAACGGAAGACGCGAAGAAGAGACCGAGGAAGAAGGAGAGACAUCAGAGAUAAAAUACCAAGAUGCCGUGCUCCGCGGUGACGUUGUCCCUCGCCACCAUAACCGGUAUCAUCGCCACUGCCCUUCUGGCGAUCGCCUUUUCCACGGACAACUGGCUCUAUACCGAGGUCAAGCGCGCCCAGAUCCAGCAAUACGCGAGCAAGCAUGCCGAGCAGAGCCACUUGGUGGAGCAGAUGAACAAGAAAUAUUAUUAUUACACGAGGACUCAGGGUCUAUUCAGGAUAUGUUAUCCCAAAGAAAGACCACCGACAGUCGAGACUUAUUUGAGCCCUGUGGAGACGCAUUGCAUGAAUAUCGACUAUUUUAUUCCCGAUGAAGAAAAUCAGACGAGAGAUUUUUCUGAGGACGCAAUAACACGACUACAUAUGGGAAGAUCUGUGAUAGCUCUAUUUAUGAUCGGCUUUCUUGCGAUAUUUUCGGCAUUCUGGACGGGAGUAGUCGGGUGUUGGAGAAGAUCACCAGGAAACAUUACGGCCACGGCGAUUCUGAUGUUAUUCGCCUGUCUACUGAGUGCUGGUGGUAUGGGCUUGUGGCAUGGCGUCGAAUAUUAUGAAAAAGAGAAAAUCGUCGGGGAGGAAUAUUAUCAGAAAUGGAGCACUGUUUUAAGAGACAACACGGCGCAAUGGUACGACUGGUCGUUUUAUCUUGCCUGGCUGGGGGUGGCUACGUGUCUGGGCACGAUGACGCUAUUCCUGAUCGCGGCAUCCUGCCUGAGAAGGGAGCGUGCCCGCGAGCAGGCCCAGAACGUUCAGUACAUUAUGCCAGUGUAUCCGCAGAAGCAGCAAUACGCGUACGCCGGAUAUCCGGCACCGGCGGCGUACCCAGGGCCAUACUAUCACGGUUCCCAAUAUGGGCCUUACAACUACUGAAGGAAUUCGGCCGGUCGGUCGGCAUCGAAGGAAAGAAAAUAAUCCAGGCGCGCUCGUCGCCAUCAUCGAAAAAAUUCACUAUCAUGGCACUUAGGACGAGGACGAAAAAUAUUCAAUAUAAAAUCUGAGAGACUCGCCGAGAUCGAACCCUGAUCGCGCCGCAGGGUGCAAAGGAUAUAUCGAUUCGAAGGGCCUCCGAUCUCAGGCGUAACUUAUCUCUAAUUAAAAAUUCGUGGCUCUUCGAAUGUUGCUCCGAAAUGUGGAUGUUGCCACGAUAUUCCCAAAAGCAAGCUCUUUUCUUCCCGCGAUAGUCCGAUCGUUUGGUUCCAUCUGACCGGAAGCAAGAACCCAAACAAGACGAAAGAUCAAAAGACGUUUGAGAGAAAGUUUCUAAAGAAAACCUGAAAAAUUCGGGAACGCUCCUUGGACUUUCUUACUCGCGUCUUUUAAACGUUCGUAUUGUCUGGGAAGCAUUACUUGCGCGAAACGGUUGCUCAAAAUCCGCGUACUUAUAUUUAGGAGUGAGAGAUUAUUUUGUAUUUUUUUCCAAUUCAAUAAGUAAGCGCAUCGAUUAUCCUUCGCGCAUCUUUUCCGCGUGUGCUAAUCGCAAGGAAAUGAAUUUGCGCUCGCGAGAGAUAUGCGUUUGUCGUUUUCAUCUGACCGGACUCCAAUGAUUGAUUUCACCGAGCUUUCUCGAAUUCUCAUUAACGAACGUUAGAUCGAUGAUUCAUUCAUCACGGUAACGGUUCCACAAGAAGAGAAGGUCCAACAGAAAACUCAUUCGAGCGCUCGUCACGGAUUUAACGGACGUUAAUCGCCUCGAGGAAACUUGAUAAAAACAGUCGCGAGUUUUAUAAUUGAAUUGAUUGAUCACGUCGAUCAAAUUGAGAUCUGCGAAACUUGGCUCGCGUUGACGCCGCAUUUAUCUUUAUUUAUUUAACGCGAUCGAAGCUCAAAUCUCUCUCGAAGAGAGGACGGCCGUUGUCGAAUUGCGCGAGCAAAGUGGAAACGUUCGUAUGAACGCUUUCACUUCUUGGUAGUACCACAUAUUAAAUAAAUAUAUCGACUCAACAAACGCAAGAAGAAAGAGAUUAAAUUGCGAUUUUGCAAAAAUAUUCGUUCGUGUUGUGAAUUUAAUUUAAAUCUUUCUAGUCUAACAAAAGAUUAGAUUAACCGAUAGAUUUCGGUUGAAGAUAUUAAAAAAAAAAAAACAAUAGUUAGGAUAUAUAAGGUAUGAUUUGGAAGAAAACUGUAAUAUUUCCAGUUUUCCCUAAAUUAUCUUAUAUUGAUUGUAUUAUUUCAAUGAGAAUCUAUUGUUCUAGAGUGCUGUUGAAACGCGUACUUAAUAAAUUAGAAAUUCGACAUUUGAAAAAGUUGAAGCUACUUUCUUGAACACAUAUCGUAACAUGACAUAAACAUUUAUAUAAUAUAUGGUGCUGCUAGAAUCGUUAAUAAUUUGUUAACGAAUUCGAAAUUUGUUUAGUAUGUAGCUCUUUUGAUAAUGUCGAUUUAUAAGAUUCAUGACAUCGAUAUCACUAUUGUAUGUAAGAUGUUUAAGAAGUAAGAAAAAAUAUACUCUCUCUCUCUCUCUCUCUGUCUCUCUCUUUCUUCAAUUAUUUUAUAUAUUCUAUUUUUCAGUAAAUAAACUAUAUCGACAUCAUUUUCUCUCUCUGUCUUGCGUCUUCCAUACACAAAUAGGUCUUGUCUCGACUUAAACUUCUUCUUCUAAUUUAUCUAUUGUCGUAAUUUCUCUUGUCAGUUCUUUUUAGGAACAAGAGCAAAGCAAUAUUUCUUAAAAGAAUAAAUUAUGUAUAUUGUGCAGAUUAUUAUUGCAAAAAUUAAGAUUGUAUUGAAAUUAAAAAUGCACUGUUAAUUAUAUUAUAAUCGCGUAAUGAAGCUAGAUAAGAUUUAAGAAUGAGUGUGUAAGUAUAAAAACAUUAAGGAAGCGAAAAAUUGGGUACAAUGAAAACAACGAAAAUUUAUAAAAUCUUAGAUAUUAAAUAUAUAAAAAAUAGAAUAAAGAAAAAAACAUAUAUAUAAAA